AUGAUCGGACGCAAUAUCGCCGCGAUCGGCGGUACUGUCAUCGCCACUGCAAUGACAGUAGCAGCUCAAAACAUGUCCUUCGGAGCCAACAACUUUUAUGUCAGCAGCAACGUCACGGUGGAACCUAUCACUUUCCCAAAUCAAUUCCAGAUGAACCUCGCUGGCAACCUUUUCCUCCCCAGCAACCUCGAUCGCAGCGUGAAUGCAUCUGCUAUCGUCGUUGGUCCUCCCUUUGGCGCGGUGAAGGAGCAAAGCGCAAACCUCUACGCCGCAAAGCUGGCUGAGCAAGGCUUUGUUACGAUUUCUAUCGAUCCUGCGUACUGGGGCGCAAGUGACGGCGAGCCACGGAAUGCGGUGCUACCGGACAUGUAUGCAGAGUCGUUUAGCGCAGCGGUCGACUAUCUCACCCUACAGGACUACGUCGACCGUGAACACAUCGGUGUUCUUGGUAUCUGCGGGAGCGGUUCCUGGUCAAUCACUGCCGCGAAGAUUGACACUCGCAUAAAGGCUCUCGCGACAGUGAGCAUGUACGACAUGGGCGCUGCUUACCGCGACGGUAUGCAGAACGCGGUCAGCUUCCAGCAACGCCAGGCCGCAAUUGUUGCUGCAUCGCAGCAGCGACAGACCGAUGUCGACGGUGGCGAGACUGGUUACACUGGCGGAACCCCGCAAAGGAUUACAGCGAACUCAACCGAAAUUGACAGAGAAUUCUUCGACUUCUACCGCACUUCCCGUGGCGAGUUCACUCCUGAAGGCUCCGCACCCACUCUUACAACGUACCCAACCCUCUCAUCCGCGAUGAGGCUCAUAAACUACUACCCGUUGGAGGGUCUGGAUAUCCUCCACCCGCGUCCCGUCUUGUUCAUUGCAGGCACUGAGGCACACUCGCGCGAGUUUGCUGAGGAUGCCUAUCACCUGGCAGCUCAUCCCAAGGAAUUGUUUUGGAUCGAGGGAGCCGGCCACGUUGACCUCUACGACCGCACAGAGCUGAUUCCGUUCGGAAAGCUCACCGACUUUUUCCAAUCAAGCCUCGCCGCGGCCAACGCCACUAUCAACUCCCUCCGCUGA